AUGGUGAUGCUUAUAUUCCUGCAAUGCUCCGAUGGGGUAGCUGUCGGGUCACAGCGCGUUCCAGCUAUGUUUGUGUUUGGAGAUUCCUUGGUUGAUGUUGGUAACAACAACUUCCUCAGCUCCUUAGCAAAAUCGAAUUACUUUCCUUAUGGCUGCGACUUCAAAACUGGCACCCCUUCUGGGAGAUUCUCCAAUGGCGAAACCUUUUCUGAUAUGCUUGGGAGGCUGUUGGGUAUCCCAUAUCUUCCACCCUUUGCAGAUCCCAACACAGUUGGAACCAGAAUACUUCAUGGAGUGAAUUAUGCUUCCGCAGCUGCUGGCAUCCUCGAUGAGACCGGCCAACACUACGGUGAGCGGUACAGCCUGAGCCAGCAAGUGCUGAAUUUUGAGGCCACUUUGAAUCAACUAAGAACGAUAAUGAAUGGGACGACCCUGAGCCAAUACCUGGCGAAGUCGAUAGCCAUUUUGGUGUUUGGAAGCAAUGAUUACAUCAACAACUACCUCUUGCCUUCCAUCUAUCCUUCUAGCUACAAUUAUACCCCUCCAGAUUUUGCCAACCUUCUCCUCAACCGCUACGCCCGCCAAAUUUUGGCGCUGCAUAGUGUAGGAUUAAGAAAGAUGGUGGUGGCCGGAGUUGGACCGCUCGGUUGCAUCCCUAACCAGAGAGCCACUGGUCAAGCCCCACCGGGAAGGUGUGUGGACUAUGUCAAUCAGAUUCUUGGUACCUUCAAUGAGGGGCUCAAAUCGCUCGUCGACCAGCUCAACAGCAACCACCCUGAUGCAAUUUUUGUGUAUGGCAAUACUUAUGGGUGUUUUGGUGACAUCCUCAACAACCCUGCCAGCUAUGGUUUCAGCGCUGUUGAUAGGGCUUGCUGUGGAAUUGGGCAGAACCAUGGACAAAUAACGUGCAUGCCAUUUCAAGUUCCCUGCCAAAACCGGAGCCAGUAUGUCUUUUGGGAUGCCUUUCAUCCCACAGAAGUUGCUAAUGCCAUCAUUGCCUGGCGAGCUUUCUCGGGUCCACCCUCAGAUAGUUACCCAAUCAACGUGCAACAAAUGUCUCUCAUCUAA